AAGACACGCAGUCUCCGGUUCACUUUCUGUUUGUUGACAUUCAGGUCUGAUCUGCGAGUCUCCGGCGAAUCGAUGAGUUAUCGCGCUCUGCUAUCUGUGUCUUGUAUGGAUUGGACACAUUCUGCAUUGACCCUGGCCUGUCUUGUCUGUGGACCGGGAGCCAAUAAGGCAAACCGUGGCAACACUGAGCUCUGCUGAUACGACCAUCAUCAUGCCAGUUGGUUGGGUGCAUUUUCACAGUUUGGAUUCAAGUGCUGCAAAUUAUGAAACACAUAUUCCUAUUUUUAGCAAUAAUGCACAUUCGUUAUUUUUAUUUUAUGUUUUUACAUUAAAAACGAUUUUGAAUAGGAAGUGAGAUAAUAAAGGACUAAUAAAUCAUGCCACUGGAGGGCGCCAUUGUGCUGCCGACAUAUGGCUGCCAAUGGCCGCGUUUGAAGAUACAGCCCCAAGGUCCCUGUGCUCAUGAUCUGUCUGAGCCACGGGAGAAAAGGCUGAGACACAGACAGAUGACUCAUGUACAAUUCUGAAUGUAUAAAAACCGGUUCCCAAAUGAAUUUGACAAAAAAAGAAUAUCGUGUGAUUUUACAUCAGUACAACCGCAGGGCUGACCUCGCUGUUCUCGACUAGCCUACCACACGUUAGAGUAGUCAGGGGGAUUAUGUUAACAAGUGCGACUGGUUCCAUUUAACUGAACAAAUAGGCCUAACGCCAUGUCGCUGACUGAGGAGCUCCCAGAUCUUAAAUAAUAAUAUACUGCACGGCGCACAAAUAAAACAAACCAAAGCUAUAGGUCGGACUUUGAACGACUCCAUCAUCGGUCUUUUCAGUGAGUGACCAAUCAAUCAAUUAAUCAGUCCCUUAAAUAGGCCCACUUAUUCAUCAGUUGACUCUAUUUACAUGCCACAAUCUAUAUAUCCAUUUUAACACAAAUUGGACAAAUGUGAAGAGUUGCUUUGCUUUACUGUUUAAAAUCCCCACUUAACCAUCCUUCACGAGGCGCAGGAACAGGUGGGGUUGUCUUAGCCACAUGUUUAUUAUAAGACAGAUCAGUGAGUUGUGACAGGGAACAUGUUUUUCCACCCUGUGUUGUUGUCGCUGGCAACGUGAGUUGGAGGUAGAGGGCUAUUCAUAGGACUAUAUAAAGUUUAACGUACAUUUCAUGAUAUAAGUGACAAAUUAACUUGAAGCCUCUGGAUCUUAAAGGCCAUUGAAACACUUUCACGCUUGUGAUAUUUUUUUCUAAUAACCAGCUGUUGAGUCAUGCCGAGGUCAUUUCCUGCAUACCAUCAACCACCAUUUCCUUAUGCAAAAAAAUUAGUGAGACAGACAGAAAGAGAAUGAGCGGGAGAGACUGUGGGACAGAGAGAGAGAGAGAGAGAGAGAGAGAGAGCAAGAGAUGACACCUCGCACACAGUGUCAGUCAGUAAGCGUUCACAGCAGGCCGUGCCAGUUCAGCGGUACAGGUGGUGCAGGUUGGUGAGGGGGUCCAACACUUGGCUUGCCAGCUCUCGCAUUUUGUAGAGCGUAGAAGAAGAGUCAGAAAGAGCGUCCACUGACAUCGUGUCAACGGCGCCGCCGACAACCUUUUGGGGCUUUACCUCGCCAAGUGGAACCCCGGGACCUCACCUGGACACACCGGCAACCCAGAGAAAGGGCUAGGCCUCCGGGAGAACGUACAGGGUGAAGAGAGCGAGAGACAACAGAAGGAGGAGAGGCCAGAGAGAGAGAGGGAGAGAGGGAGAGAGAGAGAGAGGGGGGGAAGCCUUGGCGGAGCAGUAGCACAAGGUGGAAGGGACUUUAGAGGGAGGGCCCACAGCAGGGUGAUGGAGGAGCUGUCUGUUUACCACAAAGCCAUCGGCAAGGAGGAAGGCGAGCGACGGCUGGGCCAGGACGGACGGGAAGGCUGUUACCUCAUCCGCAACAGCGAGACCAUGCCUGGGGUCUACUGUCUGUGCGUGCUGUGCAAGGGUUUUGUCUACACAUACAGACUGCGGCUGGAUGUGGACGGCUCAUGGACAGCAGAUACCGCUGAUGGUGUGGAAAAACGGCAUUUCCGGAAUAUCGCAAACUUGAUACUGGCCUUACAGAAACCUGACCAAGGGAUUGCGAUACCGCUGUAUUUCCCCGUCACCCCCGAUCGCUGGUCAUUGGCCCAGAAGAUCCGGGCUGAGGUCACCGAGAAGCGUGAAACGAUGGACGUGCCGUCCGCCUACAGCGAGCCUAAUCCCCCACCGGACAAGAGAUACAGCAAGAUCAUGCUGCGCUAUAAGAUACAAUGUGUAAAGAAAAAAUAAAAGCCCACGGAGCAACACCAGUGGGUAGGGGAUACUCGCUGGGGAGCUUCUGUGUCGGUGGUUGGGGAAGGGGUUUAUUGUAAAUGUUAAAUGUUAAUAUUGUUAAUAGUGUGAUGGCUGGAUUUUAUUUCUUUACUUUGUUUGCGUUUGUCUUACAAAUAUCAACAAUAUCCUGGUGUUUCAUUUUGGAUUAAAUAAACAAAACGUGUUUGUUGAACGUCUGUUGUUAUUUCCCCUGGGUUUGUGGCAAGAUAAAUAGCCAAUAAUUACUAAUGGGCCAAUAUGGCCUAUCUGUGGUUUAAACGUGAAAUAUAGAACUUGGAUGAAAUUAAUAUUCAUUACCACACACGUUAGUAAGCAAGUGAUAUUAUGCUAUUUUUCUCUUCACAAUUCAGGAAAGUAGAUGGCCUAGGAAAGCGCAUCGGAGGAUAUAAUCGAUUUAAAUAAGGUGGGAGACAAACGCGCAGCAACUCCAUACCUUCCAUAUGAUGGCUUACCAAAAUUCAAUUUGACAUAUUGAAAUGCUGAUUUCCCACGGAAGGAAAGACGGACUCUCAUAAAAUAGAA